AUGGAAGGGCUCCUGAAUUCAGAAGAGUUUUGCUGUUCUAUUUGCCUGGAUUUGCUGAAAGAUCCUGUGGCGAUUCCAUGUGGGCACAGCUACUGCAUGGAAUGCAUUAAUGAUUAUUGGAAGAAAAAUGAUCAUUUGGGGGUCUUCAGCUGUCCUCAGUGCGGACAGACGUUUAGCCCUAGGCCUGUUUUGAACAGAAAUACCAUACUGGCAGAUAUGGUGGACAAGCUGAAGAAACUGGAACUUCUGGGCAACUCUCACAUUUACGACAACUGCAUGCCAGGUGAUAUGACCUGUGAUUUCUGUACAAGUAUCAAGCAAAAAGCUGUGAAGAGUUGUUUGGUUUGCUUGGCAUCUUACUGUCAAAACCACCUUCAAGCACACUACAAGUCUCCUGCCUUGAAGAAACACAAGCUGAUCGAAGCCUCCGUGAACCUGCAGGAGAAGAUCUGUCCUCAUCAUGACAAAUAUUUGGAGAUGUAUUGUCGAACUGAUCAACAAUGCAUAUGUCUUUUGUGUGUGAUGGACGACCAUAAAGGUCACGAUACAGAACCCGCAGCUGUGGAAAGCACAAAGAAACAGAAAGAACUAGGCAUGACACGCCAGAAAUACAAGCUCAAAAUCCAUGCUAAAGAGAAGGACCUACUGGAGCUUAAACAGGCUGUAGAUGCCCUGAAAAGCUCUGCACAGACUGCUAUGGAAAAUGGUGAACAGAUCUUCACUGAGUUGAUGCAGUCUAUUGAAAGGAGGAGGUGUAAAUUCAGAGAUCUGAUCAGAGAUCAAGAGAGAGCUGCGGAGAGCAUGUUGCAGACACUGGAGCAAGAAAUCACAGAGCUCAAACAAAGAGAUCAUGAGCUUGAGAUGCUUCUGAAGUCUGAAGAUCAUGUUCAUGUUCUUCAGAACUGUCAUUCCUUCUCUUCUGGCCUUCCUGACCCACCCUUCACAAUAGCUACACUCUCAGAUUUUGGCAAGGUGAACGAUGCAGUAUCUGCUCUAAAGAAGAGGCUUGAAGAUGUCUUUAAAGGGGAAUGGCUCAGAAUCUAUCAAGCAGCAAGAUCAAUGAAGAUCCUUCAUUGCACAUUGCCCAAAAUUAGAUCAGAGUUCCUGCACCAUUCCUGCCCACUGCAACUAAAUCCUUUAACAGCCCACAAGGACCUUAGUUUGUCCAAGGGAAACAGAGAAGUGGCCGUUCGGAGCCGAGUGCAGUCCUGUCCCGACCACCCGGAGCGCUUUGAUUACUGGUGCCAGGUGCUGGGCACGGAGGGCCUGACAGGCUGCAGCUACUGGGAGGUGGAAUGGAGUGGGAUGGGAGUAAACAUUGCAGUCGCAUACAAAAACAUUGCCAGGAAAGGGGAAAGCAGUGAAGCUCACUUCGGUCACAAUGACAAAUCCUGGAGUUUGUUCUGCUGCAGGAAAGGUUAUGCUUUCUGGCACAAUGGGAUUGUCAGUAAGAUCUCAGAGCCUGGCUCAUCAAAGAUAGGCAUUUAUCUGGAUCAUAGGGCUGGGACACUAGCGUUUUACAGCAUUGAUGACUCAAUGACCCUCCUCCACACAGUUCACACCACAUUCACACAGCCUCUCUACCCUGGCUUUGAGUUUUCAUGCUAUGACGCCUCAAUCAAGUUGUGUCAAGUGGAGUAAGGGAAAAAGGGUAGGCCCAUUUGGCAUUGGUAAUUAAAG